AUGGCGCCCGCUAUCACUGCCAGAUAUGACUGGAUUCUUGCAAUCACCACGAUUGCAUUUGUUUUCUCCGCCUUUGGAAACGGCGCCAACGAUGUCGCGAACUCAUAUGCUACUUCGGUGGCUGCGCAGACGUUGACCAUGCCGCAAGUUGGUGUGCUGUCUAUGAUCACAGAGUUCGUUGGGGCUGUCGCGCUGGGGGCGAGAGUCACGGCUACCAUCAAGAACGGGAUUAUCAACAUCGAUCGCUUCGCUGAAGCGAACAACCCGGGUACGCUGAUGCUGGCUAUGGGCUGCGCAGAGGUUGGAAGUGCAGCUUGGUUAAUGUUCGCUACUGCACAUGGUAUGCCGGUGUCCACGACACAGACUAUUGUAGGUGCUCUGGUUGGUGUUGGUUUCGCCACGCAAGCCGGCGUUACCUGGGGAUGGGAGUCAGGUUCUGUUUCCCAGGUUGCUGCGAGUUGGGCCAUCGCUCCCCUGAUUGCAUGCGCGUUCAGUGCUAUUAUCUUCGGCAGCGUCAAGUACGCAGUCUUGGAGCGCGAAGACUCGUUCAAAUGGGGCAUGAGACUCAUCCCGUGGUAUUUUGCUGUCACCGCCGCCAUCCUCGCGCUCUUCAUCGUCGUCGAGGCCCCGACCGCGCCAUCUCUAGAAGAGUUUGGGGCUGGAAAUGCCGUUGGAAUCGUUCUCGGUGUUUUCUUUGGCGUGCUCCUCAUUGCUUAUGUCUUCUUCAUUCCUUUCCUCAAGCGCAAGUUGGUCCACAAGGAUGCGCGUCUCCGCAUCUGGCACGUUCCUCUUGGGCCUCUACUUCUGAAGGAAAACCCGCCCCUUUACUUUGCUGGUUCAGCCGAUGGAGAGUACGUUACCAACUACUACGCCGACGCACAUGGCGAGAUUCGUGCCAAAGGCCAGGAGCUUCGAAACCGCAAGGGUGCUGCCGGAGACGACGAGGAGCGACAAGGCGUUGACACGAUCAACAAAAAGCCCGCAGAUAUCGACAGUGCAAGGGUGCCCUCGGACCCAGAGCAGGCUAAGGCUUUGGAGGAGAAGCUGCGUGUCAAUGACGACCCGGCUGGUACUCUUCAACUGUCUCGCAAACGCAAGCUUGAACCAUAUGAACGCUUCAUCAGCCCCGUCAAGGAUCUGUCUUGGGUCAAUCCGCAAAAGUACUGGGGAUACACCAAAUUCAUCCUGCUUCAAGGUGUAACACGAGACGUCAUUACUCACGACAGCGACAAGCUGCGUGCAAUCCACGCUCGCGCCAACCGUUACGAUGUUCGCGUCGAGCACAUGUGGACGUACUGCCAAGUCAUUUCCGCCAUGAUGAUGUCUAUUGCCCACGGCUCCAACGAUGUUGCCAACGCAGUCGGUCCGUGGUCGGCGGUGUACCAGACGUACCGAGAAGGUACAGUUGCGACGACGUCACCAACGCCGAUCUGGAUGCUUGUCGUGGCUGGUCUGCUGCUGGGUUUCGGGUUCUGGUUCUACGGCUACCACAUCAUGCGAGCCAUGGGCAACAAGAUCACACAGAUGAGCCCGACGCGUGGGUUUGCUACAGAGUUGGGUGCAGCCGUCACUGUGCUGCUCGCGUCUCGCCUCGGUCUUCCCGUGUCGACAACGCAGUGCUUGACGGGAGCGCUGAUUGGCACGGCAUUGAUGAACUACGACGUGAGGGCGGUCAACUGGAGGCAGCUGGCGUUCAUCUUCAUGGGGUGGGUGAUCACGCUGCCUGCGGCGGGUCUGAUUGCUGGUCUGUUGUGUGUGAUGGCGCUGAACACGCCGCAUUUUUAG